CACACCGAGGGACGGAGGCGGGCACGGACCGAGCUGCCCACCGGGGCUGCCUCCAGCCUGAGCCGCCGCUCCGCCGGAGGAGCCGCAGCCCCGGCCCGGGGAGGGGGGCGGUUCCCACGGGACAUUUAUAUUUUUUUUGCCCCCCCUCCCCAUUUUUUUCUUUUUUUUCUUUUUUUUUAUUUUUUUCCUUUUUUUUUUUUUUUCUCAGUGUUUUUUUUCCAUUUGAUUUCAUCCGUGGAUAACGCUCGAGAGGAGCCGGGGGGGUGGGGGGAGCGCGGUCCCGGCGGGAAGGAGGCGAUGGAGACGCCGCGGGACCAGCGCGCAGGGGCUCGGCACGGAGCGCAGCGCCGGCACCAUCCAACUCCCCUGCAGCGCAGGAUGAACCCGCUGGCAUCCUGCCUGGGCCUGUGGCUCCUGUGCCAGCUCCCUGCCCUGGCCUCGGGGACACGUGCGGUCUACAAAGUGCAGGAGGAACAGCCCCCCAACACCCUCAUAGGGAGCCUGGCCUCCGACUAUGGCUUACCGGACAUGGGGCACCUCUACAAGCUGGAAGUGGGGGCCCCGUACCUGCGUGUGGAUGGCAAGACUGGGGACAUCUACACCACAGAGACCUCCAUCGACCGGGAGAGCCUGCGGGAGUGCCAGCACCUCCUGCCCGGAGAGCCCUGCUUCCUGGAGUUCGAGGUGUCCAUCACCAACCUGAACGCCAACAGCAGCCCACGCCUGCUCGAGGGGCAGAUUGAGGUGCUCGAUAUCAAUGACAACACCCCCAACUUCGCCUCGCCUGUCCUCACCCUCUCCAUCCCUGAGAAUACCAACGUCGGGACGCUCUUCCCCAUCCCGCUGGCCAUGGACCGGGACUCGGGCCCCAACGGCGUUGCCUCUUACGAGCUGAUGGCUGGUCCGGAGGCGCAGGAGCUCUUUGGGCUGCAGGUGGCCGAGGACCAGGAUGAGAAGCAGCCCCAGCUGAUCGUCAUGGGGAACCUGGACCGGGAGCAGUGGGACUCCUACGAUCUGACCAUCAAGGUGCAGGAUGGGGGGAACCCCCCUCGGGCGAGCAGUGCCCUGCUCCGCAUCACUAUCCUGGACAUGAAUGACAAUGCACCCAAGUUUGAGAAGGCCCUGUACGAGGCAGAGCUCUCUGAAAACAGCCCUGUGGGGCACUCCGUCCUCCAGGUGAAAGCCAACGAUUCGGACCAGGGCGCCAACGCCGAGAUCGAUUACUCCUUCCACCAGGCCUCGGACAUGGUGCGGCGGCUGCUGCGCCUGGACCGCGCCACGGGGCUCAUCACCGUGCAGGGCCCCAUCGACCGCGAGGACAUCGGCACCCUCAAGUUCUCUGUCAUGGCCAAGGACAAGGGCGCCAACCCCAAGAGCGCCCGCACGCAGGUGGUGGUCACCAUCAAGGACAUGAAUGACAACGCGCCCUCCAUAGAGAUCCGGGGCAUAGGGUUGGUCACCCACCAGGAUGGCAUGGCCAACAUCUCGGAGGACGUGCCAGUAGAGACAGCAGUGGCUCUGGUGCAGGUGUCCGACCGAGAUGAGGGUGAAAAUGCUGUGGUGACCUGUGUGGUGGCCGGGGAUGUCCCAUUCCAGCUGCGCCAGGCCAGUGAGACAGGGAGUGACAGCAAGAAGAAAUACUUCCUGCAGACCACCACACCAUUGGACUACGAGUCGGUGAAGGAGUACACAAUUGAGAUUGUGGCCGUAGACUCAGGGAACCCACCCCUCUCCAGCACCAACUCCUUGAAGGUGCAGGUGAUGGAUGUCAAUGACAACGCCCCUGUCUUCAGCCAGAGCUUCACUGAGGUGGCCUUCCCUGAGAACAACGAGCCCGACGAGCUGGUCAUGGAGGUGAGUGCCACUGAUGCUGACAGCGGCUCCAAUGCCAAGCUGGUUUAUUCCCUGGUGACAGACCCCUCCUCCAAGGGCGCCUUCACCAUUGACCCCGACUCCGGGGAGAUCCGGGUGAAGGCGGUGCUGGACCGAGAGCAGCGGGAACGCUACGAGUUCUUGGUGGUGGCAGAAGAUAAGGGCAGCCCUAGCAAGCAGGGCACAGCAUCUGUGGCCAUCAACGUCAUGGACAGGAAUGACAACGACCCCAAGUUCAUGCUGAGCGGCUACAACUUCUCAGUGAUGGAGAACAUGCCACCCCUCAGCCCUGUGGGCAUGGUGACGGUCAUCGAUGCUGACAAAGGAGAAAAUGCCCGGAUCCAGCUGUCAGUGGAGCAAGACAACGGGGAUUUUGUCAUCCAAAAUGGCACUGGCACCAUCCUCUCCAGCAUCUCUUUCGACCGGGAGCAGCAGAGCACCUACACCUUCCGACUCAAGGCGGUGGACGGUGGGGAUCCCCCCAGGUCUGCCUACGUAGGGGUGACCAUCAACGUCUUGGAUGAGAAUGACAAUGCCCCCUUCAUCACUUCCCCCUCCAACGCCACCUACAAGCACAUCUUGCCCCACACCAGCCCCGGCCAGCAGGUGAGCAAGGUCAAGGCGGAGGACAUCGACUCGGGCAUCAACGCCGAGCUGAUCUACAGCAUCACAGGAGGAAACCCCUUCGAGCUCUUCCAGAUCUCCCCGCAGAGCGGUGACAUCACUCUGGAGAAGGAGAUCCUGCGCAAGCACCAUGGCCUGCACCGCCUGGUCGUGCGCGUCAACGACAAGGGCAAGCCCUCGCGGCACGGCACGGCCCUGGUGCACUUCUACGUCAACGAGACGCUGGCCAACCGCACGCUGCUGGACACGCUGGUGGGGCACAGCCUGGACACCCCACUGGACAUCGACAUCGCCGGCGACCCCGAGUACGAGCGCAGCAAGCAGCGGAGCAACAUCCUCUUCGGGGUGAUUGCUGGCAUCGUGGCUGUCACCCUGGUCAUCGUGCUCGUGGUCCUGGUGCGCUACUGCCGGCAGCGUGAGGCCAAGAGCGGCUACCAGGCGGGCAAGAAGGAGACCAAGGACCUGUACGCACCCAAGCAGGCCAGCAAGGGCGGGAAGAGCAAGAACAAGGUGAAGAAGAGCAAGUCUCCCAAGCCACCCAAGCCCACGGAGGAUGAGGAGGAGACGGGGCUGCAGAAAUCGCUCAAGUUCAACCUCAUGAACGACUCUGUCAGCGACAGCCCCCGGAUCCACCUGCCCCUGAACUACCCUCCGGGCAGCCCGGACCUGGGCCGCCACUACCGCUCCAACUCGCCGCUGCCCUCCAUCCAGCUGCAGCCUCAGUCACCCUCCGCCUCCAAGAAGCACCAAGUGGUGCAGGACCUGCCGGCCACCAACACCUUUGUUGGCACCGGGGACAACAACUCGACUGGCUCCGAGCAGUACUCGGACUACAGCUACCGCACCAACCCCCAGAAAUACACCAACAAGCAGUUACCUCAUCGCCGAGUGACGUUCUCUGCAGCCAGCCAGGCUCAGGACCUGCAGGACCCCUCCCAGCACAGCUACUACGACAGCGGGCUGGAGGAAUCCGAGACCCCCAGCAGCAAAUCUUCAUCAGGGCCCCGCAUCGGGCCCCUGGCCCUGCCCGAGGACCACUACGAGCGCACCACGCCCGAUGGCAGCAUCGGGGAGAUGGAGCACCCCGAGAACGAUCUCCGGCCUCUGCCCGAUGUAGCCAUGACUGGGACCUGCACCCGGGAGUGCACAGAGUUCGGCCACUCCGAUACCUGCUGGAUGCCUGGCCAGUCCUCCCCCAGCCGCAGGCCCAAGAACGCCCUCAAACUCUCCACUUUUGUGCCUUACCAAGACAGAGGGAGUCAAGAGCAAGUCGGGAACGGCAGCCCCAGACUGUCGGAAGAGCGCAGCACCAAAAUGGCCAACCUCCGCCUGCUCCCCACGUACAGUGCCUUCUCCAAUAGUAGCCAUGAGCCCUGCAAGGACUCUCCCAUGGAGGAAAUUCCUCUCACCCAGACCUCGGACUUCCAGCCAGCCACCACCCCCUCGGCCCAGACCACCAAGAGGGAGAUCUACCUGUGAGGCUGGGCGUGAGGGGCAGGGAGCUGAGGCCAGAGGAACAUUUUCCACUUCGAUGCUUUACGGCUCCGGCCACUUCUCCAGGCAGGGGGCUCUGCGGGGAGCAGGGCAGGGCGAGGCAGGGAUGAGAGGAGCGCCUUUUUAACCCCCUGUUGCCCGGGGCUGGGGGUGGGUGGGGAGGUGAAAAGCAUCCCGACCCCAUUGCCGAGCAUCCCGAACUGCUGCCGGGGAGGGCUGGGCAGGCUCCUGGUGCGGAGGGCACGGAGAAGGGAGAGAAGGGCUUACGUACCAAAGGUCCACGCAGAGCUGGUGGAGUUCCUGGGGCAUAGGACGAGGAGUGUCCCCGAGCACGGGGAGCCAGCUGCCUGUCUCUUUGCUGUAGACUCCUGUAAAUACGAAUCUUAUAGGAAUGACAUUCAAGUCCUGCCUGAUCGCAACUUUUUAUUGUCCUUGAAACAAACAAAAAGACAUUUAAAGAGAAAACAAAACAAAACAAAAUGAAGAGAAAAAAAAAAAGCAGACAAAAAAAAAGAGGAAAAACAAAACAAAAAAAAAGAGAAAAAAAAAAUAACAAACCACAGGGAGCAAGUUCCAGCUUUGAAUGGUUUCCUGCGUGGAAGAGCCCCUGGGAGCACAGCGUCCGGCCCGCACUCGUGUUCUAUAUUGUAAAUAGAGAUGUGAUCAGUCCCUGAAACAGCAGCUGGGGAGCUGGAGGAGAGGGGCAGCAUCCUGGCCGGACUGUAGGGACUUUGCUGUUUUUCAGCCUGGAUCUCUUUCUGAACGUUGUCACUGUGCCCACAAGCUGCAGGGUCCCUAGGGACUGCCCGGUGCCAUAGGUGGGGGCUGCUUUGGGGGUGGGGGGUCCCGGUGGUGGCCCUGCGCCUGGCGGGUGGAGGAGGGGUGGGGAAGCCCCCAGACAAGGGACCGGCUGGGUCCGGGGAGGGGAUGUCCCCAGGAAGGGACCGGCUGGGUCCGGAGAAGCCCUCAGUCCGCCUCUGCUGGCAGGGAGGUCGCCAGCGGCCCCGGCUCUCAGCCCAUCGCCUCGGGCCUCCUCCGGGGCAGGGGAUGCCCACUAGGCCAGGCUGUGCCGUGCCCUCGACCUCCGUCCCAUCCGCCUGUAAAGCCACCAUUGCCUUUGUGAGGAGGAGCUUUGUCUCAGGGUCACACCGGGGGCCGCCGAGCCCCUGCCCGCUGGACUCCGCUGCCCUUAGGCCCCAGGGCCACUCUCACGGGGUCCAGCUUUCUCUUCCAUUGUCAAAGGUCCACCGGUCUCCCGGCAGGUUCCUGCUGCCCCGGCGUCCUCAGCUCCCGUGCAGAGUCAGAGGAGCCCCUGCCCCUCACAGGGCUUCCUGAGGGGCACCCCCGGCUCUGCCGCUGCUCCCUUGGCAGCGGGGCACAGCCCUGGUUUUGGGGUGCACCCCCGGCCGGAGGGGUCCGGGCGACUCGCGCCUCAUUCCUGGGUAGCCCUUCCGCUCCGGGCCGCGGGAGGGGCCGUGCUGCACCCUUGUGCUUCCAGCUCUGGCACCUUCCCGAGGGAGCGAGGCCGGCAGGGCGGCUCUCCUGUGGCUGGCACGGGGCUCCGGGGGCACAGGGACCCCGCAGGGCUGGGGCUAUGCCCUGCCAUAGCUGUAGUGCCUGUCGGGACCCCCUGCCCAGCCUCUCCCCCCGCUCUGAGCAGCUCCUCUCCCCCAUGGGGCGGUGGCACACACAGCCACCUCCCCUCACGGCUCCCUGAGGGCACACGGUGCCAGCCGAGCCCGGGGCACAGAGGAAGGGUGGCAAAAGGGGCCUGCUCGCACCGCUGCCUCGUGUCCCUCGUGUCCCUCAUUUCCCUCAUGCCCUGCCUUCCCCGGGUGGCACCGCUGCCACCCCGCACGGCCCCGGCCCCAGCUGGGAGGAGGCAGGACCCUCCUCCCGUUGCUGCUCCCGGUGGGGAUCCAGCGGCCCGCACGGCCCGGGGCGCUCCCAGUGGGAUCCAGCGGCCUGCCCCGCCUGGCCGGGAUUUUCCCGGUGGGAUCCAGUGGCCUGCCCCGCCCGGCCCGGCCGGGAUUCCUGCUCUGCCCUGCGGGGCCGCGCUCCCCGCUCUGGCUGCCGGAGCAGGUGCCGCUCCUGACCUUGUUUUUAUUGUAGCUCUGUAGUUUCAGGGCCAAACUGGGCAGAAUGUGCAAUUUGGCCGCGCUGGCCACGAUCUUUGACUCCACUGCCAACUCGGCUGCUCACGCCUCCCCUGGGCCCAGGCAGUGGCAGUGUCCAGUGCCCCUCUCGGGGACCCCCGAGGAGCCACAUCCGAGGGGGGCUUGUCCAAGACCACCUCAUCCCGGCGGGGGGGUCCCUGCCCUGUGCUGGGGUCUCCAGAGGGAUCCCGAGGCUGGAAUUCCUGUGGCUGGAAUUGCUGUGCUGUCUCCUGGAGCACCUGGCGAGGUCCUCAGUGCGAGCACGGUGUG